UUCUCAGCGGAAGUGUCAUCACUCGGUGGCGGCGGCGGUCGAUUGUGAAGUGGGGAGUUGUGCUGGGAUCUGCCGUUGGUUCUUCGUAGAGAUGCCGCGGGGAGGAAAACGGGGUCACAAGGGGAGGGCAAAGCAGUUUACAAACCCAGAUGAGAUCGACGCUCAGAUGAAAGCAGAGAAAGAAAAGGCCAGAGACCUGCCCGAACAUGGAAGCGAUAGUGAUUCUGACGACAGUAGUGAAGAUGACUCUGAGCCCAAGAAGAAAGGAGUGGAAGGUUUAAUAGAAAUUGAGAACCCCAACAGAAUAGUACAGAAAAACAAGAAAAUAACUGAAGUGGAUCUCAAUCCCCGAAACCGCGAGCUCUCCAGGCGAGAAAGGGAAGAGAUCGAGAAACAGCAAGCUCGGGAACGGUACAUGAAACUCCACCUCGAAGGGAAGACCGAGCAGGCACGGGCUGACCUGGCGCGGCUUGCAAUCAUCCGGAAGCAGCGGGAAGAUGCCGCCAGGAAGCGUGAGCAUGAGAAAAAACUGAAAGAGGCAAAGGCCUAGCACCAAAUCUGCCCAACAGAAUCAUCUGGAAACCUGGAAGGGACAUUCAGCCCAUCUGCUCUUGCACAACUCAUCUCCUCCUCACCAUCCAAUGCAAACAACAAGACAAAAAAAAACUACCCAUCACAUCGACACAUCUCGCCUGCAUUCAGCGCACAGCCAGAGGGGAAAAUCUGCCUUCUGAAUUUGUACUCUUCCAAUAACCAAGAAUAAACAAGGUGUUUUUUUUUAAAAAUCCGGCUGUGUGCUUUCAGAAGCACCGUUCGGCAUUCUGUGCAUGAAGACUGAAAAGACUUGUGAAUGUUUAACGUGUGCUGUGGUCUACUGGCACUAGACAGAGGUUCAAGUAAGGAAAGUGACUCUGGGUGGUAAUCUCCCUGUUACCCAGAUCUUGCUCCAGUUAGGAACAGGCCCUUUAAGUACUGAGGUAUAUAGUCCUCACAACUCCUUAAGAUCUGUUUUUUUUAAAAAAAUCAUAAGCAGAUUAUAUCUCAGAUUAUUUUGUUCGGUUUCCACAAGUGUUCCAAAGGGUGGAGAGUGGAGGUGCACCUUGAGGGGAAUGGGAUGCAAGUGAGAUCCACUUGGAAGGUGUAUGGAAGACAAACGAGAGCUUGAGGAGAUGGCGUGGUUAAGGAUAUAAUUGAUACUGCAGAAGCUGGGGAAUGUUUCAAAUUGCCACUUUAUUGUGAAUUGUAAGCAUUGCCUAUGGUCCAGGUGGCUCUACGUACUCUUAAUGCCACCUCCUGAUGUCAUCUUUUUCAGACCCCAGGUGUGAUUAUCUUCCCUUUAUUUCUUGCUCUCCUUGUAUCAAAUAUUUGCUAUAAUAGGUUUUUUUGAGAGCUCUGGUUAACGGUGCUGCAAGCUGAUAAUAAAACCACCCAGCCUCAAAAAAAAAUUUAGUAAUUUUUUCUUGCAUAAAUUUUAAGCUUGUUAUAAUAGAGAAGUUUGGCUCUUCCCUUGGGCAUUUAACUCCCAGAAUCAUAUCUGCCUUAUUUUUUUGUACGUUUAUGUUUGCAUCUUUAUAAUUUUUGGAGUGUGAGAAAUUAGUAGAAAUGUUUAAUUCUGAUGGAAAACCAAAGUAGAAACUUUUGCAAAUUCCUAAAUUCUAUUCUACCAUUGGCUGACCUGGUCUGUGUUGGGUUUAUGGAGGGGAGAUGCGUGGGGGUUUGGAGGAAUGCUGUUAUUCUUAGGAGGUAUCAAAUUAGUAUCGAGUUUUCUUCUGUUUGGAGGGGGCAAAAUAAAUUGCCAGAAGUUUUACUGCUGAUCUCCAUUAUCCGGGGAGUUUAGAAGAAAAUGCAGCUGUGCAGUGGUUGGUUGUGUGCACCUCUUCCUUUCAACCACUGUCCUAUUCCCCCUAUCAGAUCCAUGGUCUUGUGCUGGGUUGGCUGUGGUAAGAAGAAGGACAGUUCUAACUGGCACCCAUUUUAUUUCAGUCCACACUCAGAGAGUGUAGGUUUGUUGGCAUAAGUAUUGAUGCAAAAAGUUUGGAAUUGUAAUGGGUGCACCUAGUGCAUGCAUUGAAAGUUUGGCUUUUUCCUCAAAUGGACUUUGGCUCAACCUUUGCAUUUCCAGCAACUUUUAUUUCUUGGUAACUUUGCCGGCUCAUCAGUAAGAUUCCCAAUAGCUUUACUUUGCAUUUAAACCUGAAAUUAAGGUAAGCAAAGUGGAAUCUGAUUUAUUCCACUAACAUUUAACAGCAAAUAUUAUCUCCUUUUCCAGAUUAAUGUUUGGUAUGUCAAUGUCCGUAUGUUAAGGUCUUGUUUCACCCCUGUCUCCGUCCUAAGCAAAUCCCAUGUCCCUGUAAACAAAAAUACAGUCCAUUUGAGAUUUGGUAGAUCACAGCUAACCUGCAGUGGAUCCCAACAUGUUCCAUUUUCCCUGUUUGUGAGAACUGGAGAUAGUGAUUCAGUGUCUGAGAUCAACAUACCUAAGAACAUUUGAACCUAAACCUGAAGGUGGGAGAGGUAAGAAUGAUUGCUUUGUCUGCCUUUCUCCCCUUUGGAAUCCGUGCAGUCCUACCCCACAUCCAGCUUCACUGAGCAUCUACUGUGCUCAAGGAAUUGGGAAGAUUAUUAUUCCAUCUACCAUACUGCGGACAGGAAAACUUGUGAAAUAUCCCUGGCCUCUGCAAUCCCAUAUUAAUAAUCUGCUGUUUGUGUGGAAUGACUGGUAUUGAUCUUGGUACCCUCUUACACUGCUCUGUAGUUCUACCCCUUAAUGUGAUUGGAGCACAAUCUUUGUUCAAGUCAUGAACCCAGCCUUCCAUGUGGUGUAUUUGGGUUGGAAAUACUGCCUGAAGUCCCUUUAUCAUUUUGAUUUCUGUAGUAUCUUGUAUCCAUUUGAGUUGAGAAUCUGGUAUUACCUUAGGUAAGGUGAGCCUCAUUUCAGACUGAGGCGCUAACUUGCAAAUGCUUCUAAUGCCUAAAGCACAUAGAACUUCAUUUAUAUUCCACGUUAUCUCACAAUCAUAAGGGAAGCACUGGGCUGCAUCUACUGGAUUAGGGUUUGAAGUUUCCACUGGUUUCAGUUGUUAAUUCAAGAUCUGCCAAUUCUUUUCACUUUCUUUCAAGCAGCUAGCUGUGCUUUAGACCCUUCAACGCCUGCACUUUUGGAGGUAGUGCUUUGAAAAUUUUCUGGUUUUUUUUAAGGCAUGGAAAGUAGAUUACAGUUACCUUGAAAUCUUGUGUUAGGAUUGUGAAAGAGGUGCCAGACUUCUAUUGGGGUUGAAUUCAAGCAAAAAUACUAAUAUUGAUUUCACUUAUAGUGAAAUGGCUAAUAUAUCAACUCACUUGGUCACCCUUUUGAGCAUCUACACAAACCCCCUUCAGUAUCUUGGGCUAUAACCAACAUAGAUAAUCUUCAGUGUAACAAGUUAAUCAGCUAUUGAGAUUUCAAGUCAGUACCCUAGGAUUAGCAAGCAUCCUGACUGAAACCCUUCAACAAUCUUUCAUCAAGACAUAAUCACAGGGUUUAAAGAAUUUUUUUUAAAAUUUAAAUUGCAAUAAAAUCUCUAGAAGGAGUUGCCAUUUGUCUUGUUUUCUUUAAAUAGGAUCAUCCUAAUCCAUUCAUGAACUUUACUUCUACAACUAUGGUCGUAGUAAUGGCCAGCUAUACCAAAACUUGUGUUAAUCCCUGCAUAGCUUUGCCCCUUGAAAUCUCCACAGCUUUCUCAAACCUUCUGUUGGCUUGAACAAAGCUCAAAGUAAAUUUAUUACCUAAGUACGUGUAUGUCAUCGUAUACAACCCUGAGAUUCAUUGUCUUGUGGGCAUCCUCAAUAAAUCCAUCAAAUAAUACAGAAUCAAUGAAAGACUGCACCAACUUGGGCAUUCAACCAAUGUACAAAAGACUAUGAACUGCAAAUACAAAAAUAAGAAAGAAAGAAUAAGUAAGUAAGUAAAUAAAUAAAUAAAUAA